AUGGCUGGCUACUUGCAGAUGAUCCUGGCCGUCAGGAAAUACCUGAUCAUAGUGCUUGUACCCCUUCUGUUUCUUCCUCUGCCUCUGGCUGUUCCUACCAAGGAGGCUCAAUGUGGCUACGUUAUCAUAGUGAUGGCACUGUACUGGUGCACAGAAGCCCUGCCACUAUCUGUCACAGCUCUCCUUCCUGUCCUGCUAUUCCCAAUGAUGAAUAUCAUGGAGUCAUCAGAGGUCUGCCAGGAGUACUUGAAUGACACCAAUAUGCUUUUUGUUGGGGGACUAAUGAUGGCCAUUGCUAUUGAGAAAUGGAACCUACACAAGCGUAUUGCUCUGAGGGUCUUGCUUAUCACUGGUGUCAGACCAGCCCUACUUCUCAUGGGUUUCAUGAUUGUGACUGCCUUCCUGUCCAUGUGGAUCAGCAAUACUGCCACAACUGCCAUGAUGCUCCCAAUAGCACAUGCAGUGCUGCAGCAGUUGCAAAGGUCAGAAAUGGAGUCUGAAACUGAUGUCCAAGCCUCUGAAAAUGACAAUAAAGGCUUUGAACUGCAGGAAGAGCCAACUAAACCAGAAAACUCAAAAAACCCAGAGGAUAAAGGUAGCCAUGUCCUGACAGUUGAGGAAGAGAAAAAGAAAGAUGAAAGUCAGCCAAUGGAGAAACGUGAUACAUUCGCCAAAGGAAUGUGUCUCUGUAUUUGCUAUUCGGCCAGUAUCGGAGGGAUUUCAACUCUGACUGGGACGACACCAAACCUGGUACUGCAAGGACAAGUUAAUCAGCUCUUUCCUGGCAAUGGCAAUGUCAUCAACUUUGCCUCUUGGUUCUCCUUUGCCUUUCCCACCUCGAUCCUGUUACUGGUUUUGUCAUGGAUUUGGCUGCAGCUAAUGUUCUUGGGCUUCAAUUUUAAGAAGAAUUUUGGAUGCACUGGAAAUGCCUCUGAUAAGGCCAAGGAGCAACAGGCCUAUAACAUUAUCAAGGAAGAGAACAGGAAAUUGGGCUCAAUGACAUUUUCAGAAAUUGCAGUUUUGAUUAUCUUUGUACUGCUGGUACUGCUGUGGUUUACAAGAGAACCUGGUUUCAUACCAGGUUGGGCAACAGUUCUCUUCAACAAAGAUAAUACAAGCUAUGUCACUGAUGGUACAGUUGCCAUCUUCAUUUCAAUCUUGUUGUUCAUCAUCCCUUCUGACAUUCGGAUCAAACGAACAGGCAACAGGUCAAAGUUCCAAGCAGCUGAACCUCUCUUGCACUGGAAAAUAGUUCACGAGAAAAUGCCAUGGAACAUCGUGUUUCUGCUGGGAGGUGGCUUUGCUUUAGCCAAAGGCAGUGAGGCAUCUGGUCUGUCUGCAUGGUUAGGAUCCAAACUGACUCCUCUGGAGAAUCUCAGUCCUGUAGCUAUUGUUUUUGUGGUAUCUCUCCUUGUUGCCACUUUCACUGAGUGCACCAGCAAUGUGGCCACCACUACCCUGUUUCUCCCUAUUAUGGCUUCGAUGGCUGAAGUGAUCUGCCUGAAUCCACUCACGGUCAUGCUUCCCUGUACAGUUGCUGCAUCAUUUGCAUUCAUGCUCCCAGUGGCCAGUCCUCCUAACGCCAUUGUCUUCUCAUCUGGACAACUCAGGGUUAUAGAUAUGGCCAAAACUGGGUUUGUACUCAACAUUCUAGGAGUUCUGACGAUAAGUCUAGCCAUGAACACCUGGGGUUCAUCUUUGUUCCAACUGCAAAAUUUCCCAGCUUGGGCAAACAAGACAGGUACAUGUCUGUAA